UAUGUUUUGGCCAGAGAAGUCUGGCCUAACUCAAUCCUGCCUUUUCUACAUCCACAGAGAGCCAUACCCAGAGGCAGCAGAUGUCCAACGGCAGCUCCAUCACCUACUUCCUCCUCCUGCCAUUCGCAGACACACGAGAGCUGCAGCUCUGGCACUUCUGGCUCUUCCUGGGCAUCUCCCUGGCUGCACUCCUGGGCAACGGCCUCAUCAUCAUCAUCAUAGCCUGUGACCAGCACCUCCACACCCCCAUGUACUUCUUCCUGCUCAACCUCUCCCUCCUGGACCUGGGCUGCAUCUCCAUCACCGUCCCCAGAUCCAUGGCCAAUUCCCUCUGGGACACCAGGGCCAUCUCCUACACAGGUUGUGCUGCACAGGUCUUCUUUUUCUUCUUCUUCAUUGGUGCAGAGUAUUCUCUCCUCACUGUCACGUCCUACGACCGCUACGUGGCCAUCUGCAAGCCCCUGCACUACGGGACCCUCCUGGGCAGCAGAGCUUGUGCCCACAUGGCAGCAGCUGCCUGGGGCACUGGGUUUCUCACUGCUCUGCUGCACACAGCCAAUACAUUUUCACUACCCCUCUGCCGAGGCAAUGCUGUGGAGCAGUUCUUCUGUGAAAUCCCCCAGAUCCUCAAGCUCUCCUGCUCACGCUCCUACCUCAGGGAAUUUGGGCUUCUUGUGAUUAGUGCCUGUUUAGUCUUUGGGUGUUUUGUUUUCAUUGUGGGGUCCUAUGUGCAGAUCUUCAGGGCCGUGCUGAGGAUCCCCUCUGAGCAGGGACGCCACAAAGCCUUUUCCACGUGCCUCCCUCACCUGGCUGUGGUCUCCUUGUUUGUCUGCACUGACAUCUUUGCGUACCUGAAGCCCCCCUCCAUCUCCUCUCCAUCCUUGGUCCUGGUGGUGGCAGUCCUGUACUCAGUGGUGCCUCCAGCAGUGAAUCCUCUUAUCUAUAGCCUGAGGAACCAGGAGCUCAAAGAUGCCCUGAAGAAGCUGAUGCAGUCAGUAGUCUUUCAGCAGCACUAAGCUGCCAGAGUACCUGGGGAGCCUCCUGGGAUUUGGAUAUUUUAUCCAUGGACAUCAGAUUUGCCCAGAAAUGUCUGUAUCCACUCCACUUCUUACGAGGCAUGAAUGCAGUCUGUGUGACCCAGAGGUCUUUGCGCAUGUGUCUGGCAGGCUGGUACA